AUCAGAUGAGAAGGGGGGGUCAUCUAGGAAUCCCUUGAAUCUGCUCUCAAGGAAAAAUCUCCAGAUUUUAUUUCCCUCUCUCUCUCUCUCUUUCUCUCUCUGGAUAGAAUCAGCUCGUGCGCGCUGCUGCUUUAUUUUCUAUAUCAUCGAUUCGUUCUUUUCCAUUUUUUUUUUUAAGAAGAUGCCGAAACGGGAAAGAAAAGUGAUGCAGAAAAUAUCGGGAAUCGACCGUUUGACAGCACAAGACUCGCAGUAGGAAUCAAUCAUCGAUUUGUUGCAAAUAUUUUUACUUCAUCUACAUUUUUUAGAUUCUUUUUUAUCGUUAUUUUAUUUUUACCUCGUGGGAUUAAGAUUUUUGAAUACGAGCUAAUCGAGCCGUGACUGGUCAGUGAAGGCAUCAUCACCGACAGUGUGGAGCUUUGCGCAUCGGGCUGCACGAGAGUAAAAAGUUUUUAAGAUGUCAUUUUUAUAAGAUCGCCUGUUCGCUUCACGUCCUGCUCCCAGUCGGCUGCUGCAGGCUAUGCAUUGAAAACCAGAGGCGAUUGACAAGCUGCACUACUGAUCAAACACGAAGGAGAUUUUCUUUUCUUUUUUUUGGACGAUAUCCUAAAACGCGACGAGGGGUUUGAAGUUUGCUGAGGGUUUUGCUGUGUUUUUGCUCGAACUCUUCUUUUAAAUUGAGGACAAUAGCAAAGGGUCUCUGUUGCAAACUCUGGAGAGCCGGGCUAUAUGAAGAUCGCCACACAGUUGUUGGUUUCCCCUCGCAGAAAUGCCAGUGCGUGCUGUGACCACCAGGUUCAUGUACAAGGGACUUUGCACUAUUCCAGAUAUCCUCACCUACCGGACUCCUGUAAUCCUGCCUGAGGAUGAGGUGGAAGAGAUUCGUGAGGCUUUCAAGGUAUUUGACCGAGAUGGGAACGGCUUUAUCUCGAAGCAGGAGCUGGGGACGGCCAUGCGCUCACUGGGCUACAUGCCCAAUGAGGUGGAGCUGGAGGUCAUCAUCCAAAGACUUGACAUGGAUGGUGACGGCCAGGUCGGCUUUGAAGAAUUUGUCACUUUACUUGGACCUAAACUCUCCUCUGCUGGAAUGCCCGAUAAGUUCCACGGAGCAGACUUUGAUUCAGUGUUUUGGAAGUGCGACAUGCAGAAACUGACUGUGGACGAGCUGAAGAGACUUCUUUACGACACCUUUCGUGACCACCUCACUAUGAAGGACAUCGAGAACAUCAUCAUCACUGAGGAGAGCCACCUGAACAGCCCAGAGUCCCACGUGGACAUUGACACAAGCCCAACGCAACAGGAAAAACACACGUGUGUGCGCAAAAGCCUGAUUUGUGCCUUCGCCAUUGCUUUCAUCAUCAGCGUUAUGCUCAUCGCAGCCAAUCAAAUGCUCCGCAGAGGGAUGAAGUGAACGUGCCGCUGAUUUCAAUAAGGUCGGACUGAAAAAGCUAAUGUUAACCCAAAUACGUUUCUGUUAUUGGUUUUGUUUCAGUGUUUUCAACGGCCGCAACGAUGCUACAACAGCUUCUCUCCAUAACGGAUUACUUGAUGUCAUGCAGUGAUUCUCUGUGACCACAGCGUAACAUGGUAAAACAAAAAAAGAAACUCAUUUCAAGGGCUGGUUAGUACCCUAAAGCAGUCAGACUCCAAUCUCUGAUGUUUGUAAUGAAUUAGAUAGUGAAGCAGACUGUAGAACACGUCCAUGUAGAGUAUGUGCUGUAGUGAUAGCUGUGCUGUGUCUAAUAUCUCAAAAACAAUCAAUGUUAUGGAUUCGAGCUCAAUGCAAUUUGGAAUGCGCCUAAUAACGAUUAUAGUGCUAAAGCAAUACAAAGGUAGUGAUGGGAUCAAUAUUGAUGUUUUAAAUCACCUGCUUAAAACACAAUGCAGUGUGUCUCUUUUAUUUUAGUGUUGCUAUAUUGUGUGUGUGUGUGUGUGUGUGUGUGUGUUGUUGUGUGUGUGUGUGUGUGUGUGUACUUGUACAGAUAUCUUUGUGAGGACGAGUUAGAACCCUACAAAUUUUGGCCACCUCCCACACACAAGCAUUUAGUUGGGUAAGGGGUUAGGGAAUGCAUUAUGCCAAUGAGGGUCCUCACGAAGACAAAAGUACAAACGUGUGUGUGUGUUUAUUUUUUAUAUUUUAAUUUGUCCAAUACUGUGACUAAAUACCGGUGCAACCAAAAAAACAUUCCCAUAUCUGUACUUUGUCUUUUGUGCUUGUACAAUGCUUAUACCUGCUAAACAUCAGCAUGUUAGCAUUGUCAGUGUAAACUGUUAUAGCUGAGUACUCACAGAGCCACUAGCUUGUCCAGGACAAAGUGCAUGUAGUGUAGUUAUAUACAGCUUUAGGACUACACAUGUGACAUCACACAAAUCUGUCAGAUUGCACUGAUUUGUCAUUUUAGUGAAAGAACAUUUUGUAAAGCAUAUAUUGAUGUAAAGAAGCAAAAGCAUCAAAAGAAGAAAAGUGCAUUGCCCAAGUUACUAAGUACAAAGAACCCAAGAAUUUGAAAAGAGACUACGACCCUCAACCACAUGCUGUGUUCUCCAGUCAGCCGUUCUGCAGAAAAACGCUGUCACGUAGCUCUAAGGAUGUGACAGUCUUCUAAAAAAAGAAAAACCUAAUUGGCUUGUUUUUUAUGCUCAGAGUGAGACCUCUCAGCGGAGCAGCUGGGGAUUCCUCUGUAAGUCACACAGCUGUUUACCGAGCUGAAAGGUGGAGAGCCGUCAGUUUAAGAUGGCGGUAAACAAUGAACUACAAAUUAAAAGAAUGACACCGAAGGCAAACAUCAGAUCCCUGAAAUGUCAGACAUGAGUGUGUAUGUGGGUAUUUAUGCAAAGAUUCCCAAGAUUAACAGUAAUCCCCUGCAACUGGUGAAACAUGUUUCCAUCUGCCUGUGAUACUUCAAAUGUUACAUAUUUCAAAUAUCUUUGCAUCCAAGGCACCAAAAUGAGAAGCUGUGUAACCUGGACAAGCAGCCGUGAGUAAAAACAAAUCAUAACACGCGUAGAGUCAAAUUAAACUGUAAUAUUUAUAGCAGACGAGUUAGUUCACACAACACACCUGCAUGAACAUUAAACCUGAACUAAAUGUGUGUUCUAUGUGUAUGAGGUCAAAUCUUGAAUUCCAAUGUACGUAUUCAAAUAAUUAUGCAAUUUGUAUAGUGGUCAUUGAAGGAAAUAAACUCAGUAUAUGACAUUUUCCAGUAAAUGUCGAAUUAUGUGGACGUGCAAACAAAUACUCAACACUCUGCAGUAUGCUGUGAACGAUAAUUUAACAUAUCAUGAGAAUGUUGUUUUCCGGCUUUUACAUGGAACACCAAAACAACAUAUUGUUUAAAGUAUAACAUGGUUAUAUUUUCUUACUUGGAAAAGUGAAACGUUGAAUCUAAGUGAUUUUAUUAUGAAUGUAAGCAUAAUGUUUUGUAAAAAAACAAACUAUAUCCAUAUAUAAUGUACAAAAAAAUCAGGUUUCUGAUGUAUCAUUUCCAGUUUAACUGGACAUUCAAAUACAAGUUGAUGUGUGUAUUAAGCCCAUGCUCUUACAUUCAUUUUUCUGAUUUGUUAAGAUUCAUUUUUCUGAAUGUUUUCUUUUACAAAUGUUUGUCAAAUUAGACGAGUUUUACAAAAUGCUAUAUAUUUUUCUCACUCUUUAUAUCUUAAAGUUUAUCGAAGCUCGACCGCAAGAUGAGACAGUGGCAAUAAAAGUGAUAUUUGAUCUCAUAGUAGCUGUUUAUGUAUGACAUAUUACAUAUUCAAUCACAUUACCUCUCCAUGUGGACAUAUCACAUAAUGGGUUUGUGCAAAUAUAAAAUAUAUUUAAUGUGUCAAAUCUUGUCUAAAGACAUAUAAGCAGAUAUUGUGUCCUAUUCUGUGUUAGUGUUUUAAUGAGUGGAUUUCUGUAAACUCUGUUGAUGGUUGUCUUAGUUCAUUUGAUUUAAACCGUUCGAUAUCUUCGGUUCUGUGCCUUUGUCAUCUGGAGAAUCAAAACCUGCAUUCUCACGCCCUGUCUGAUAUUAACUUUAGAAGAUUUUAGAAAGAUGCAAAACACAUUUAAUAAAAAUCCUGAAUUCUAAUCUAAUGUUAAAUGUAUUUUUGAACUGUAAAAUAUUAUGCAGUGGGAUUACUAAACUGAAUCGUUGGCUAUGUGUAUGAAGUAUUUGGAGGAAGAGUUGCAAAUGUCAAAGAAAAGGAUGAAGAAUGUGAAUUCCAAUAAGCUAAAUAAGAGUCAGACAUAUUUUGAGCUUCUGAAAUAAUGUUCAAAAAAAUAUUUGUUGUAUAUCACCUUUUGUGUGCAUGUAAAAAAAAAAAAAAGAACUACACUCACGCAUCUGAAUGUGUGAACAAGAAAAGUUCUCACGAAUUCAAGUUUGUGGAUGUGUAAUAAAGUUUUGCAGCUGUAGAAA